GGGUCCGUGGUACUUUCCUCUCUGGGCGGUCACAUUCAUUUUGAAAUUAAAUAAUUUCGUUACGUCUAUGAGAUAAUUUGAAGAAAGUGAAACUUGUGUAUUAUACGUUUUUUUUAAAAACGUAACGAAAGUCAACAGAUCAUAAAAUUUAACCAAUACGCACUCAAGCGCGUACUUUUUUUACUUUGUUAAGCCAUCGAGUUUAAUUUUCAAAGAAUCACGAGUAUAAAAGCACGUUAGUUGAUACAAAAUCUUAUAGUAUCGAUUUGGUCUCUCAGUGUUCUCGAGUUCCAGAGUCUAGCUAAAUAUUUAAUUAUAAAUAUGCCGUCCGGAUUGACUGGAAUAUUAAUUUUAUCAGCGAUUUGUGUCAUCAGCGUCAGAGCAAAUGGACACGCGCACUCGUUCCAACACUUCCAUGGCCCAGUGAUCGGUGACGAUCAAGAAAUAAACUGGGUUGACAAACACGGACAUCAUCAUCAUGACUAUGUAGCGCAUCCGCACUACGAAUUCGCUUACGGAGUUAAGGAUCAACAUUCCAAGGACUUUCACGGGCAAAAAGAGCAUAGAGAUGGUAAAGAAGUGACUGGAGAGUACACCGUUCAGGAACCAGGUGGUAAUUUCCGGACUGUCAAGUACCAUGCAGACGAUACCGGUUUUCAUGCCGACGUUCAUAAUAGCAAUGGAAAUGAUCACGGUGAUGAACGUAGAAGAUAAAAAACUGUUUUAAUAAAAAAAAAAAAAUGUUUUUAA